AUGGCUUUUGUUGUACCAGCAAGCCCAUCAACAAAAGAAACAACCAAUUAUGCCAGGUUAUGCCGUGUUCUUGUAGAUGUGGGCACUUGUGCCCUCAGGGAUUGCUUUGAUGCCAUCUGCACACCACCAACUCUUCACACGGUCUUGGCAGCCAAUCAAGCCACCUUGCAUAAUUUGAGAACACGGAGGAUUAUCAAUGCAACACAAUGGGGAAAACUCUUUCCAGCCAUACCUUCUUCAGUCUCAUCAAAGUAUUUUGACAUCACUCUGCUGACAAUUUUGUUACGCAAUAUAUGCGGUCUUGUUCCCCCAGUGACUGGAUGGGACAUGCUCCCUGCUUCCACAGACAUCAGCUGUGAGGCAGACAUCGCGAGAAUCAAACUCCUCAGAAAUACAGUUUACGCUCACGCCGAGAGCGCUGCUGUUGAUGCUGCAACAUUUAACAAGCUCUGGAGGGAAAUCCGGGACACUCUAGAACGACUAGGAGGAGCUACAUUUAAGGUAAAAUAGACUUCAAAUAUUCAGUAUGACAUGUUGAGUUGAUAUCUUUAGUUAUCUUAUUUUUAUUCUAAGUACUCUGCAUUGGGGCAAUGCAGUAAUUUUAAUGUGUAAUUAUGUCCGAUUUAAGGUCGCUGUUGACAAAUUGGAAGUUUGCUGCAUGGAUCCCGAUAUGGAAGUCCAUUACAAAGAACUCCUUCUUCAGUGGAAAAAUGAUGAAGACAACAUAAAAGAUGAACUAAAAGACAUUGGCGUAGACAUAAAAGUAAUUGGCACCGAAAUAAAAGAAAUUAGCACUGACAUAAAAACCCUCACUAAGAAGUUUGAUGACUUAGUAGAAUCAAAUGGGUCUUCCGCCAAAGAAACAGGUAAUGUGAAAAUACCAAAAUAUUAGUUGACUGAAAACCUCCCCUGUGCCCGUUAUAGACUAUACUCACUGGCAGCAAAAAUAGGACAGAGAAUUCCUAGAAGGUAGUUCUCGGCAAUUUGCACAUUCCAGGGUAGAAGUGCCCACUUUAGACUAAAACGUGUGACAGAGAUACUCAGGAGUCUUGCUUUAAUGUAAAUCUGCCGGCAGAUGUAGGUACAGUUGUGGACUGCUAAGUCCAGACUCGGAUCGUCAACCUGAUGCUUAGCCUUAAAAAACGUUGUUUCAAAAUGACCGAUUGAUUUAAUAUUGUUUUGAUUAAUCACUGUAAAACCUGCAUGCGCAAUUUAGCAAAAUGGCGGGAUUACUUUUUCGGAAUUUACUAUAAUGUCCUCUCAAAAGUGUAGUUUCCGGAGCUCAAUUUACAGCAGAAGGAGCCGAUAGGUUCCUGACUAACAGGUUAAGCAAGUUCAUCUGACCAUCUGGGUAACAUAAAAAUUGCAUUGCAAUUGCAAUAGUCUUAUACUCAGCAUUUCUGACUUGUUACAGAAAAGUAUUAUAUCACGAGUUAUGAUAAGAACCUCUAAGUAUCUUUAACUUACUAGUAAGACUAACUUAUCUUCCCUAGGAAUAUUAACACUGUCUCUAUUAGUCUUUUCAGAGAUUGGCAUUAGCCACUUAUUUCAUUAUCCUCUUUUGCCUUAAAGCGAUAAUGGCUACGACAAGGCAAGAGAUAAAAAUUAUGUUCUUCGGCUCCCGUCCCCUCUAGCUGCAGGUCGCAGCUGUGCACAUGAGUAGUCUCGAAUUGAAAUAUGAAAUGAAUUAUAUUUUGAAUUGCGGAUAAAGAUAUGAACGUGAUUAUAAUCUUCGCAGUAGAGUACAGUAAAAACCCGCAUAAGUGAUUUAAGCACCUACAGGCUAAAAUUUGGCAUUUAAACACCCAAAUAGCCUGGCAAAGAAAAAUAGGUUCUUAUCAAGAGAGGAUGAAGGGGACAGAGGAGGUAUUCCUGUUACUCACCCUGUUCCAUAGGUAAUUCGUCUCGAGUUAUUUUUAAUACCAGUAGAUCCCAAGGGGGAUUAGACAACAGCCAAUCAUAUAGCGCGAAUGUGUUCCGCGUGGAUGACCCUCGCUCAGAGCCACUCGUUCUUCACGAAUUGACGCAGAAAAAAAUGGCGGAAGACGCGAGGAGCGAUAUUGCUAUUUGCUUUGUCGACGAAAACGACUAAAGAGAGAUUUCUGCUAAAGCUGUGUCAGUGAAACGGAAAUGUAUAGAGAAAUGUAUAGAGCUAACAGUGCAGCAGGGAAAUCCUCAUCACACUGAAUAUUCUCUCAGGAUCAUUUAUAAUUUACAGUUUGAAGAGAGCAAUUUCUGGUUUGAUAUUUAUUCUUUUAUUAUUCAAUAAAAAUAAUACUUGGCGUCCUACUUGCCUUAUUAUACAUAUGACGGGUUUCAAUAGACCGGCGAAAUUUCUCGUAAUCACUGAGGUCACGACAACUUCGAGUGAAAGUGAUUUCACGGGUUGUCAACGAGUCCAGCGAUUCCCUUUUCCCAGGUGAGCGCCGACUCAUUUCGCUUCAAUGUUCAGAAAUGCUCUCGAUCUCUUUACGCUUUCAUUGCCUUUCGCCCGACAUGUUUUGCACUGCGUUUAGUCAUGCGAAACCUCCACGAAACAUCCACGCAGCGCGCGAGGUAACUUCAUGCCGGUUCUAAAAAUAAGUCGAGACGAAUUACCUAUGGAAUAGGGUGUGUAUGGGGGAUGCCUUCUCUGUCCCCUUUAUCCUCUCUUGGUUCUUAUACAAAAAAAUCACUCCAAAUUUGAUGGUCAAAAUUUUGGAUUCUAAUUGCGUGAGAAAUAACGUCUGACAAAAAGUUAUUGUGUAUACGUUUUCUUUGUUCUGUAUGCAAGCAUUUUUGCUGUUCAAAAUACAAGUGCUACACCAUUAUGUAUUAGUAGUAUAAUAUUUUCUGCCAAUGGUUACACUACGACAACCUCUGAAAAAUAAGAACCUAGCAUUAAGAAUUGUAUUAAUAACCUAAUUAGCCUAAAAUUCUAGGUUCUUAUGAGCAUGUAAUUUUGUUAUUAACUUGAACUUGAUUUUGCUUUUUCAUAGAACUAGAACUGAUGAGAAUACUGGAUACCUCUUCUGUGUGCAGAGAGAAAUUUCAUGAGAAUGAACUUUUGUCGUCUUUCUGUACACAGUGCAAAGCGUGCAUUUGCGACAAAUGUAAACAAACUCGUCACAAAAAACACAACACAGUUUCUAUCGAUCAAGCCGCAGAACAACACAAAGUUGAUAUCGAAGAAAUUGUAGAAGAAAUGAAAAGAGAAAUUGCUGUUUACAAAGAGCAGAUGAAAAGAACAAAUGAAUCCUUUAGAAGAGGCAGACAGAGGAUUGCUGCAGCACGCAAUGAAGUAAUGACGUCUGUUGAGGAACUGAUGCGACUUUUACAGGAACAUGAAAAGGCUGUGAUAACCAGUUUAGAUGUACUUGAGGGAAAGGCACAAAGAGAGCAUGCAACCCAACGAGAACAUUUUCAAAUUUCUAUGAAUCAGUUACAAACACAUGCCGAUUGGUUCAAGGAUAUUUUAGAGAGAAAGAAAAGUGUUGAAAUUUUGCAAGCACAUGCUCUAAUUGGCCAGUGCCGAGGUGUUCUAAAUGCAGAGAAAAAGACCAUUUAUAAACCAUCGCAUGUCAGAUACGAGAUAAAUAAAGAGCUUGUGAAAGAUGUGAGAAGCGCAGUUUCGUCGAUGGGUCAAGUUGUUGUUAGUAACACAGAUCCUUUGCAGUCGCUGGCUGAAGGAAUAGGUCUGAAGGUAGGCGAAGUUGGACGCGAAGCAAAAAUUACCCUGACGACCAAUGAUUUUGAUGGAAACCAAUGCUACGAUGAAAACGAUCGAAUAGCUGUGACAGUUAAGACUCCUUCGAGCAAAGGACUUAGCUACAUGAUUGAACCCAACAAAAAUGGUGAAUAUAGCGUCAGUUAUACCCCUGAUUGUGUUGGACAACAUGAAGUGCUGAUUGCUGUUAACGAUGAGCCACUGAAUGGUAGUCCUUGGAGCGUUUAUGUAACACAUCGUUACAAAUAUUCAUUUUCGAUUGGUUUACAUGCAAGAGAACAAGGACAAUUCUUCCGGCCCAUUGGUAUUGCAAUAGAUGAUAAAUCUGGAAAUGUUGCAGUUGCUGAUGAAAAGAGAGUCCAGAUUUAUAGUUUAGAUGGCACGUACCUCAGAGAUGUUGGUAAAAACACACUAUCUUCACCGACAUCAGUAGCAUUCACCAAGUCAAGUGAACUCAUAGUUGUUUCUUCAAAUACGAUCUUUUUUUUUUUUAGGAGUUACAGAUUUGUGAAAACUAUAACCAACAAACAUCUCAAUGAACCACGCCGCCUGACUAUUGCAGUUGAUGGACGCAUGGUGGUGUGUGACUGGGGUGACCAUACAGUCAAGGUACUGUCCUCUGAUGGUUCACAGCUAUUGCUUACCAUCCGUGAAUCUGCCAAUAAUCUUCCAAGGCAUGCUGUUUGUCAUCAGAAGAUGAUAUUUGUUUCCUAUUACCUGGCAGGUAUUGUUAAGGUAUUUAGCGAGAAGGAUGGUGUGUUUCUGUACAGUAUAGGUGUUUCCAACCUGAGUAGUCCUGUUGGUCUUGAAGUUGACAGGUUUGAUAACCUGGUGGUAUGUGAUCGUGAUAACGCAAGACUUCAGAUAUUUACUCUUGACGGAAAAUUUCUAAGCUCAGUAGAAGGACAACACAAUGGGCUUAGUGAGCCUUAUUCUAUCGCCGCGUCGAGCGCUUCUCAGUUGUUUGUCACUGAUUAUAGCAAACACUGUGUGCACGUUUUUCAGUGA